GAUUCGAGGAGCCAUUGAUACAGAAUUUAUACUCAUGAUAGCAGGCUUUGGAAUGACCAUAGAUGAAGAUAAACACAAAGCAGUGGAAUACAUUGUGUAUUAUAUCUGGGCAGUGGAAGUUUGUUACAUUGCCUCUGCACUGGUCCUUUCCUGCACUGUGACAGUUACGAUGCUCCUAAGAUCACUAGUCAAGCAUAGAUGGGCCCUGCAGUCUCUGUUUGCUGGUCAGGCCUCAAAGGUGUUUUUGGACUCUCGAUCUCUUCAGAAAACAUCUCCAAGUCUUGCUAGCUGGAUGAGUCAUAUCAGUUAUCAGGCC